UGGUUCUCAUCUUUGCUGCAGGUUAAAACUAAAGCAAGGAUUGGAAGAAAACUAUAGUGGAUCACCAGUUUCUUUUACAGGAUCAUCUGGACAGUCUACCACACAGAUGGAUUCUUCAGAGUCUGACUAUUUUGAAAACUUUGGCAGAGUUCAUGGGGUUUUAUUGUACAAACACUUUAUCAAAUAUUGGGAUGCAGUGGAAUCAUUCCAGGCAAGAGAAGAUGAUGUUGUGAUUGCGACCUAUCCCAAGUCUGGCACAACUUGGGUUAGUGAAAUUGUAGAUGUGAUCUACAAAGAAGGUGAUGUGGAAAAGUGCAAAAAAGAUGCCAUUUUUAAUAGAGUACCUUUUCUGGAGUGCAGAAAUGAAGAUAAAAUAAAUGGAGUAAAGCAAUUAGAAGAGAAGGCAUCUCCUAGGAUCAUAAAAACACAUCUGACACCUGAACUUCUUCCAGCCUCAUUCUGGGAAAAGAAUUGCAAGAUGAUCUACGUUUGCCGGAAUGCAAAAGAUGUAGCUGUUUCUUAUUAUUACUUCUUUAAAAUGGUGCCUGUUCAUCCAAACCCUGGGACCUUUCCAGAGUUUGUGGAAAAAUUUAUGGAUGGGCUGGUUCCAUAUGGUUCUUGGUAUGAUCAUGCAAAAUCAUGGUGGGAAAAGAGAAAGACUUCACAAGUGCUAUUUAUUUUCUAUGAAGACCUAAUAGAGGAUCUCAGAAAGGAAGUGAUAAAAUUGAUACAAUUUCUGGGAAGAAAACCCUCAGAAGAGCUUGUAAAUAAGAUCGUACACCAUACUUCAUUCCAGGAGAUGAAGAAUAAUCCAACUACCAAUUACACAAUGCUCCCGGACGACAUGAUGAACCAAAAAAUAUGUCCCUUCAUGAGAAAAGGGAUUUCAGGAGACUGGAAAAAUCACUUUACGGUAGCUCUGAGUGAAAAAUUUGAUGAACACUAUGAACAACAAAUGAAGGGGUCCACGCUGAAAGUGCCAACUGAGAUCUAACUACUAUGAUUCAUAUUGACAUAUCGGAGAUUCUUGUUUUCUUCUUCAAUUGUUCUGUAUUCUAUUUUUCAUAUCAUACAUUUAUAUCAAUUAUUCAUUUAUCUAAAUCAAAGACAUCUUUCAUCAUAAAAACUUUUACUGAGGUGCUUCAGUAGAACAUUGCAUGUAUAAUUAUUCAACUUAAUGAUGACAGUUUAUGAAACUUGAUCUGAUUUUAUUUUAUAUUCUCUGAAGAAAACUCAGAAUUUUCCAGCAUUCUUUUGAAAUACCUGUGGUUUCCAAUUAUAUUAUGUUUUAAUGUAUAAUAUAGUUAUGUAGUAUACAGAAAUUACAAGGCAAAAGUAUUGAGAUGUAAAUGUGAAGA